UUAGAGGUGGCUCUUAACCAGGAAGAGGCCCGUAGAUUGCGCCGAGCCCACUACACCUCUGCCCGGCAUGCACUUCAUCUCCACAUCCUUUGCUCUCGCCGGGAUCCUGGCCGGUGUGGUUACCAGCGCACCCACCACCCGAAAAAUCGCUGAUUACAAAGGGCGGAUGCUCGAGCUGCCCCGCGGCACGGCGACGAACCUGACCCGCAUCGUCACCGCGGCCAACUCGAGCAGCAUCGAUCAAAACUGGCUGUUUUUGUACGCCAUGCACGGAGACGAGAACGAAUACGAAGUGACGAGUGCCGCGCCGUCGUCCAACUACUCCGUUCUGUGGUAUAUCCCUGGGCAUGAGGCGGGUCACACGCACGCCGCGCCCGAUAUCGUCGGCGCCAGGGGCCUGUACGAACACACCUUCUGGGACGUCACGCCCGUCGCAACGCCGCGAAAGGGGUAUCAGUUCGUCGACAAGCCUACUGGGAAGUGGGCGAUGUCGUCUUCGCGGAGCGGCAAGGUACGGAUCCUCCUCCGUUUCAUUUCUGUAACUGAGCUCCGAGCCCGGACGGGUUGCCCAGUUGACGGUCGAGCCGCGGAAGGGAAGCAAGGUACCCAAGGAACAGGUCUUCCAGCUCAUUACGCCUUCGGGCUCUACCUGAGUGCUGAAUUCAUAGAUAUAGUCACGAGUCAGAUGAAUCAUGAAUAUAGCCCUUACUUGUUGGUCUACACACACCUCCACAUCAUGAACACGCCGUCGCGCAACACCGAAGGCAACGCUGAUCUGCCGACGCGAAAAGAGCCGCUGCUGCGGACGGACGUGAAGAAGCCGCUAGCGUCGACGCGCCUGAAUCGGCUGAUAUACCUGCUCAUCCUGCUCUCGACAGCCAUGUCGGCGUACUACACGUACCGGGUGGUGCAGUGGAAGACGGACGUCGGAGGAUGGUGGAACCUCGCGAUGGGCGUCCGCCCGCCGACCGCGCACUCCGACCCGCGUCCCAACUCGAAAUCCAAGUCCACGCCGUCGUCGGAAACCGUGGAAGACCGCAUCUCCGCGCUCGCAGACGCACUGGGCAUGCCCUCCGCCGACCUCGCGUCCGCCAUCGCCGGGGCCGUGCGCGCGUACGUCCCGCCCGCGAGCCUCUCGUCGAUCGCGGCGCACCAGACGGGCGAGGCGGUGAAGGUGCUGCUCGAUACGGAUCCGGAGGUGGGUGCCCAGCGAGGUGCCGGGGACGAUGCUGGUUAUGCGGCUACGCUGGCGAGCGGGAUGGGCAGUUUCGUGGGCAUGGACGAGCCGUGAUCGGCUUCUUUU